ACCAAGCUGUGCAAGAUGCAGCAAGAGAAACUGGUCACAAUAGAGAGUGAUCUGACAACUGCAGGAGAACCUCAAGCAGCAGUACUGUGUACCGGCAACUUUUCUUUUGGGUUGGAUAUCCCAAGCUUUUUAACCCAUUAUGGAAACCAUCCACGAACUGAUCCCAUUUGCCAAAGAGAUGCUGAGUCAGAAACCCAACAGAAAAAUGGUGAAAAUCUACGUGUUGGGCAGUGUGUUAGCCUUGUUCGGAGUGGUCAUUGGGCUGGUGGAAACAGUGUGCAGUCCUUUCUCUGGUCGGGAGGACUCAGAGGAAGAGGAAAGAAAGAGGCAAGUGGUUUCAUUGCCAGCACCCGUUGCCCAAACAAAGCAAGAGGUGAUCUUCGAAAAAAGCAAACCUCACAGCCUUGGGGCAAGAAGCAUUGCAAACCGGGGCCAUGCAUCCUAAGGGCCCACUUUAUAAGGAAAAAGACUGAGAGUGGAAAUUUAAUGUCAUGUGGAGAAAGGACGUGAGCGAUUGAUUGCCUGCGAAUGUGACUGUAUGGAGAUGUUGCAACCUGGACUUAUUUAUGGCUAUUGCUGCUGUGCAGUGGUGCACAUGCCCUGUAUUGUACCCAUAUGGAGGUACUGAAUGUGUCAAACUCCCAGCUAACCCUUACUUUUUUAUAUUAUAAAUGCCUACUUUAUUUUGCUUUUAAAUAAAUACCUUUAUUUUAUUAUA